AUGAGGCAAGCACCAAGAGACGCUACCUUUGGACCAGGAUCAGGACCAAUUUCCAUGGUUUCACAGACAGAAAGGAGACCAGCACAAUCAACAUCGAUCACUCCUCCACAAUCUCCUACAGCAGAUAUUCUCUCCAUCCCUCCAGUGGUUGUGUUUGUUCUGAUAUCUGUACUCUUACUGCUCUUACUGCCCCUCAUCAUACUGAUUCAUCAGUACAAAGUGAUGAGAAGAGCUGUGUCUAACAUGAGACGCAGGACUCAGAAUGAGGCAGAAUACGAGAAGAUUGAUCACAGACGUAAAACCGAGGACCCUUAUAAGGAGAUUUAUCACAGAGAUGAUCUCACAUCUCAAAAGGGGCGAGCAGAGGAGAAACUUGUGCUGAGUUCUGAGCUGAUCAUCACACAGUGUUUGUUUCGAGCAGAUGAAGAUGUGGAGCUCUCUGAUGCUUAUGUUUCUGUUCUUUUUGGCAAAACUCACAUCUGUACCUGCAGUGGUAGAGUGGAGGUUCUUCAUAGAGGACAGUGGGGAACAGUGAGUGAUGGUUUCUGGGAUAUGAUUGAUGCAGCAGUGGUUUGCAGAGAGCUGGACUGUGGUGAGCCUGUAGAUGUACUGCGUAAUGCUCAUUUUGGACAAGGAUCAGGACCAGUCUGGAUGAAUAAUGCAAUGUGUACUGGAUCAGAGUCCACACUGAAGAACUGUGGAUCAUCAGGAUGGGGUAGCACUGACUCUUUUCAUGGAAAAGAUGCCGGAGUCAUCUGCUCAGAAGUGAGGUUGGUUGGAGGUUCUCGCUGCUCUGGGAGAUUAGAGAUAUUUCAUGAGAACAGGUGGGCUUCAGUGUGUGAUUCUGCCUUUGACCAGCAGGAUGCAGAGGUUGUGUGUAGAGAGCUGGACUGUGGGGCUCCUGUUCAGGUUCUGGGAGCAGCUGCUUUUGGCAAAGGAGAGGGGGUCAGGCUUGUUGGAGACACUCGCUGCUCUGGGAGAUUAGAGAUAUUUCAUGAGAGCACGUGGGUUUCAGUGUGUGAUGCUGCCUUUGACCAGCAGGAUGCAGAGGUUGUGUGUAGAGAGCUGGGCUGUUUGGCUCCUGUACAGGUGCUGGGAGCAGCUGCUUUUGGCAAAGGAGAGGGUCAGAUGUGGACAGAAGAGAUUCAGUGUAGAGGCAACGAAUCUCAGAUUCACCUCUGUCCAACAUCGUCUCCACAUAAACACACCUGCUCCCAUGAAAAUGAUGAGGGUCUGCUGUGUGCUAACAUACAGAAUGUGAGACUGGUAAAUGGUAACAGUCGCUGUGCUGGAAGAGUGGAGGUUCUUCAUAGAGAUCAGUGGGGAACAGUAUGUGGUGAAGACUGGGAUAUGGCUGAUGCUGCAGUAGUGUGUAGAGAGCUGGACUGCGGGGAACCUGUAGAUGCUCUUGGUAAUGCUUAUUUUGGACCUGGAUCAGGACAGGUCUGGAUGAGUGUUGUAUUAUGUACUGGAUCUGAGUCUUCACUGAAAAAUUGCGGAUCAGUAGUGUUUGGUAAACCCUUCUGUGGACACAAUGAUGAUGCUGGAGUCAUCUGCUCAGAGCACAAAGAGUCCAGACUUGUUGAUGGACCUCAUCUGUGUUCUGGGAGAUUAGAGAUACUUGAUGGAAACACGUGGGUUUCAGUGUGUGAUGCUGCCUUUGACCAGCAGGAUGCAGAGAUUGUGUGUAGAGAGCUGGGCUGUGGGGCUCCUGUACAGGUGCUGGGAGCAGCUGCUUUUGGCAAAGGAGAGGGUUACACAGCACUAAGACUGGUGAAUGGCUCAGAAUCUUGUUCGGGUCGAGUGGAGCUUCAGUAUCUCAGCAAAUGGGGCACAGUGUGUGAUACAUGCUGGGAUAUGAGAGAUUCAAGUGUCCUCUGUAGACAGCUGAAUUGUGGGAUUGCUGUGUCUGUUGUGGGAUCAGACUGGUUUGGAGAGGGAAGUGGUGAAAUCUUGGCUGAUGUGUUUGAUUGUCAGGGGAAUGAAACACAUUUCUCACAAUGUCCCAUCUCUUCAUGGAGUCGAGCUGAACGUUCUCAUAGUAAAGAUGUUGGAGUCAUUUGCUCUAAUUCCUCUCUGGCUCUUCAUGAUGGGCGAGUGCGGUUGUCUGGAGAGAGAGAGUGUGAGGGGGAAGUGGAAGUUUACAUCAAUCAGGUCUGGAGGAGAGUUCUGCUGGAUUCCUGGAGUCUCACUGAAUCCUCUGUGGUCUGCAGACAGCUGGGCUGUGGCUCUGUGCUGAACUUCUACAGCUCCUCUUCAUCCAGUCCUGAACACAGUCAUGAGUGUGUGAUGGGCUUCCAGUGUUCUGGGAGUGAAGCUCAUCUGGGGAACUGUAGCUCUCCACAAACUCUCAACUGCAGCUCCACACAACAGAUGUCAAUCACCUGCCAUGGUCAUGGGUCCAUCAGGCUGGUGGGUUCUGGAGGAGAUUGUGCAGGGAGGCUUGAGGUUUUUCACAAUGGCUCAUGGGGGACAGUGUGUGAUGACUCCUGGGAUAUUAAAGAUGCCCAUGUGGUGUGCAGACAGCUGCAGUGUGGAGUGGCCCUCAGUAACCAGCAGGUACCAGCCUGGUUUGGUCCUGGUUCUGGACCCAUAUGGCUGGAUGAGGUGAACUGUGAGGGGAAUGAGUCAUCCCUUUGGAACUGUUCCUCUCAGGUCUGGGGAAAACAUGACUGUCAACACAAGGAGGAUGUAGGAGUCAUGUGUUCAGAGUUUAGAGAGAUCAGAUUAACUGAGGGCUGUGAAGGGAAUGUGGAGGUUUUCUACAAUGGAUCGUGGGGUAAUGUAUGCUGGAACCAGAUGGACAGAGACACAGCGAGUCUGAUCUGUCAAGAGCUGAACUGUGGAAGAUCUGGUGUUGAGUCUGAUUCAUCAUCAAGAAUAAAAUCAGCUCAUAACUGGCUAGAUAAAUUGAAAUGUCGACCACAUGACACAAAUCUGUGGCAGUGUCCAUCAUCACCCUGGGGACAGAAUGACUGUGAUGAAGAUGAAGUGGCCCAAAUCACCUGCUCAGAGAAGGAGAGUUUGGAGUCUCCUCGCAGUCAUCUUCCAUGUUCCACCUCACGAUCGUCUCUUCAGAGACAGUGUUCAAAGCAUGUUCCUCUGAGACUGAGUGGAGGGAAGGGCCGGUGCUCUGGGAGGCUGGAGGUGUAUCAUAACGCUGUGUGGGGUUCAGUUUGUGAUGAUCAGUGGGAUAUCAGGGAUGCUCAGGUGGUCUGCAGGCAGCUGGGUUGUGGAGCAGCACUGAGUGCUGAUGGGAAUGCAGCCUUUGGUGCUGGUGAAGAUUUGUCUGUGUCCACGACUCCUGCCACAGCAACAUCAGCUUUUCCUCCAGUUUCACAGACAGAAAGGGGACCAGUGCGAUCAACAUCAAUCCCUCCUCCACAAACUCCUCCAUCAGAUCCUCUCUCCAUCCCUCCAGUGGUUGUGUUUGUUCUGGUAUCUGUGCUCUUACUGAUCUUACUGCCACUCAUUAUACUGAUUCAGCAGAACAGAGUGAUGAGGAGAGCUCUCUCUAAGAGGAGACUCAGGACUCUGUCUGAAACAGUUUAUGAGGAGAUCGAUCACAGGCACACAAACAGACACAGUCACUUCACUCAGAGGGGAAGUUUCCUCUCUGAAGAACAUCAUUCAGGGUAUGAAGAUGCCGAUGAGUUCCUCUCAGCACAAUCUGCCAGUAUGGACAAGUAUGAUGAUGUCAAGCCCACAAAUGGGCUGACAGAAGAGAUCAAGAUUGUGAAGAAGAACACAGCAGAUAACUAUGAUGAUGUCAUCACUGCUGGACUGAGACCAGAUUAUGAAAAAGAUCACACACUUGAUAGCUGUGAUGAUGUCAUCCCCAUAGAACAGAAUGCUGAUACUAAAGCAGAUGACAUCCAUGAGAGUAAGCCGAAUUAUGAUGAUGUCAUCACAAGUGGACAGAGCUUUAGAAACCUGAUGGACUAUGAUGAUGUGGAGGUGAAGCCAAUCAAACUAGGAGGAACUGAGUGA